AUUCAGUCGUACAUUUUUAUUUUCGCAUACCGGCUUUAUUUACAUCGAAAAACUUAAAAUGGGUAAAAUAGUUCAUUUAUUAUUAAGUUCAUACCUCUUUAUGGUAUUGUUCACCACAACUGUAACGUCUUUGGCUGUAAUGUCGGUUGACUUAGGGUCCGAGUGGAUGAAAAUUGGUAUUGUAUCACCUGGUGUACCAAUGGAAAUAGCAUUAAAUAAAGAAUCUAAACGGAAAACACCAGCAGUAAUUACGUUUAGAGAUGGUGUGCGUACUUUUGGUGAAGAUGCUCAAACGUUAGGCAUACGUUUUCCAAAAAAUAGUUAUAGUUAUUUGUUAGAUUUGCUUGGUAAGGAAUUCGAUAGUCCUUCUGUUGAACUAUUCCGGAAGCGUUUUCCAUAUUAUGAAAUUGAAAGAGACCCGUCAAGAAAUACAGUUUUAUUUGUAGUCGAUGAAAAGACUAAAUAUAGUCCAGAAGAAUUAGUAUCACAAUUAUUACACAAAGCUAAGGAGUACGCUGAACAAUCGGCGGGACAAGUUAUAAAAGAAUGUGUUUUAACAGUUCCGGGAUAUUUUAACCAAGCGGAACGGCAUGCUAUGUUACAAGCUGCUCAGUUAGCCGAUUUAAAAGUUUUGCAAUUAAUUAAUGAUUAUACUGCUGUUGGCUUAAACUAUGGUAUAUUCAGACGAAAAGAUUUCAACGAAAGUGCGUAUUAUAUUUUAUUCUAUGACAUGGGAGCAUCUUCUACAACCGCAACAAUUGUAAGCUAUCAAAUGGUAAAAUCUAAAGAACGUGGUUUCGUAGAAACAAAUCCACAAUUGCAAAUAAUUGGUGUUGGAUUAGAUAGAACUCUUGGAGGUUUAGAAUUACAAUUGAGACUGCGAGAUCAUUUAGCUAAAAAAUUCAAUGAAAUGAAAUUGACUCCAAACGACGUUACCCAAAAUGCACGAUCUAUGGCAAAACUUUUCAAAGAAGCUGGUCGAGUAAAGAAUGUUCUUUCGGCAAAUGCGGAUCAUUAUGCUCAGAUUGAAAGUUUAUUGGAUGAAAAAGAUUUCCGUUUACAGAUUACUCGAGAAGAAUUUGAAAAUUUAUGUGCUGAUGUUUUUGCUCGUGUUGGAAAUCCUGUUAAUCAAGCUUUGAAGAUGGCUGGAAUAAGCUUAGAUGUAUUAAACCAAGUGGUGCUUGUUGGUGCCGGAACACGUGUGCCAAAGGUUCAAGAGGAAUUACAAAAGUUAGUCAAAAUAGAAUUAAGUAAAAAUUUGAAUACUGAUGAGGCUGCAACUAUGGGUGCUGUUUAUAAGGCAGCUGACUUAUCAAAGGGAUUCAAAGUUAAGAAAUUUAUUACAAAAGAUGGUGUUUUAUAUCCAAUUCAAAUUGUGUUCCAAAGAACUGCAGAUAAUGGAGAAAUCAAACAAGUUAAAAGAACUUUAUUUGGACUUAUGAAUCCAUACCCUCAGAAGAAAAUAAUAACAUUCAAUAAACAUACUGACGAUUUCGAAUUUAAUGUGAAUUACGCUGACUUGGAUCAUUUGGCACCAAUUGAUUUAUUAAAUUUAGGUAAUUUAAAUAUUAGUGAAAUUUCUCUCAAAGGAGUUGCGGCGGCAAUUAAGAAAAAUCAAGGAGAAAAUACUGAAUUUAAAGGAAUUAAAGCUCAUUUUCAAAUGGAUGAUUCGGGUAUUUUAAAUCUUGUAAAUGUUGAGUCUGUUGUUGAAAAAGUAAUACAACCAGAAGAUGAAAGUACAUUCUCUAAACUUGGCAGUACAAUUACAAACUUAUUCAAAAGUGCCGAAGAAGCUAAAGAAAAUACAGAGAAAAAGGAAGAAAAUCAAAGUGAACAGCCUGAAAAAACGCCAGAAAGUGCAUCAAAAACUGAAGAACAGACUAAUGAUGUUCCGAAUUUAAACAAAACAAAUGAAACCACACAACAAAAUACAACAAAAAAUUCUGAAACAGAUAAAGAGAAGAAACCACAAACUGUCUUGAUUAAGGAACCUAUUGCGGCUCAAACCAAUAUUAUUGGAAUUAAACCUCUUUCUGAAGAAGAAAUUAAAACUUCUAGAAAUAAAAUUGAAGUUUUGAAUACUGUGGAUCGCGAACGAUUAGCUAGAGAAACUGCCUUAAAUAACUUAGAAAGUUUUGUAAUUGAUGCGCAAAAUAAAUUAGAUCAAGAUGAAUACAGAGAAUCUGGUACACCAGAAGAAAUUGAAAAAAUUAGAGAAUCAUGUUCUCAAAUUUCAGAUUGGUUGUACGAGGAUGGCUCUGAUGCUGAUAGCGAAACUUAUAAUAAAAAAUUAUCUGAAGUACAAGAGCUUACUUUUAGAUUAUUCUCUCGAGUUUACGAACAUAAAGAACGGCCCGAAGCCCUAGCUGCGUUGAAACAAAUGUUAAAUGGUUCUGAACACUUUUUAGCAUCAGCCAAAAAUUUGACGGCUGGAAAGAGUGAAAAUGAAGUAUUUACUGAAGUUGAAAUAAACAAUUUAGAAAAAAUAAUUACUGAAACAACUGAAUGGCGUAAUAAAAUGGUUGAAGAACAAGACAAAUUAAAAAAAUCGGAUCCAAUUUUACUAACGGUACGAGCAUUAUCUGAAAAAAUGGCAGCAUUGGAUCGGGAGGUGAAAUAUUUAGUUAAUAAAUUAAAAAUAUGGAGACCUAAAACACCUCCUAAAGAAAAACCAGUGGUAGAAGAACCUGAGAAGGCUGACAAAACAAAAGACUCACCAAAAGAAGAGGGUACUGAAGAUCAAGAAAAUGUUAUUGAAGAACCACAAGAAGAAGACAAUACACCAAAAGAACCAAAUGAGGAAGAAACCGUUUCAGCCAAUGAUGAGGAAAAUCACAAUGAAUUAUAGUUUCAUUUUGUCUUUAGUUAAAUUGAACUCAUUCGGAUACAAAUAAAGUUUGAAAUGAAUGCACCUAUAAGUAUUUUCGUGAUGAUUUUGUACUGUGAACAAUCGUAAUAUAAUGAACAUUUUAAUUUU